AUGCUUUGCAAAAACACAGCAGCAGCCCUGUCCCGUAACUGUGGCGCUGUACCGAUACUCUGCUCACCAUUCUCGCCUCCGCCAAGUCCAUCGCGAGCUUCGUCCCGCAAUGCCGGGCCCAUCUGCUUGCAACAACGCCGGUCAAACGCUUCACUUCAUGAGGGUCCGCGAGACCCGCCAGACCAGCAUGGCGCAUUGAGCUGGCCCGCAUCAACCAAUCCCACGCCAUACCAAAUCCUCGGGCUCCCGCGGCAUGGCUCUUACAACAAAGCUCGAUACUUUCAACUCGCGAAGCUCUAUCACCCCGACCGCCACAGCAACACUUCUGACGACGGGAUUCCACCUCAAACAAAGCUUGAACGGUACCGCCUUGUCGUGGCCGCAAACGAAAUUUUGAGCGACCCUCACAAGCGGCGAAUGUACGAUGUCCACGGGUUAGGUUGGGGAGACGAAACAGAUUCUUGGGCAUCGAACCGCGACGUAAACCGCAACUGGAGGAGAGAUGCAGGGAACGCGAGCAUGAACGCUACCUGGGAAGACUGGGAGAGGUGGCGUAAGCAACGGAGUGGCUCGGACCAAAGACAGGAGGAAAUAUUCACGUCCAACAUUGGAUUUGUGGCUAUCAUUUCAGUCUUCAUGAUUGUCGCAACAUGGGGCCAGAUGACUAGGGCAGGAAUGAGGUCAGCCACCUUUCUCGACAGACGUGAUCAACAACACGCCAGCAUUAGUAGGGAGUUACGGGAACGACGAGGCCAGAGGGAGCGCCUCGAUCGGGAAGGUAGGGUUGAGAGCUUUCUACGGCAAAGAGAAGCGGAGAAUUGGGGCUAUGAUCCCUCUCAUGGGGACCUCUCAGUGUCCAUAAGCACAAAGGUUCAUGAAUAG